AUGUCUCUACUAAGUACUACACCGUUUUUUGUAGUAGUACUGAUUGUAUUUAUUUGGUCUUUCUUGUUUAUCUUUAAGAAGAACCUUUUACAGAAAUAUUCAAUUCAUUUGCAUAUUCCUCAAAGUCAGAUCAAUGAUUACUUAGACAAGAAUUUAAAAUCAUUAAAGCUAAUACGUGUUCAAAUUGACGACGCCGAAUCUGAAGAUGAGUAUUUAACUAUGAAAUCCAAGCCACUUAUUCAAAAGAAGGAGGAUACUCGAAACAACAUCAUAGGUUUGAUUUUUAGCACAACCAUGGCAUUAAGUGUUGGAUUGAUAUCAUUGAUCCUACUUGAAUUGGGUGACCUGUUGGAUGCCGAUUAUCGAUUAGGGUUAUUUAAGUUCACCAUUAACACUUUGAUGUUAUUGCUAGUGAUGGUGUUACCAAUAUCGAUAAUUAGUUUAUUGAUUGCGCAGGACGACUUGCCUCGAACUGUAAAAUCAGUGGGGCUCAUAAUCGGAUCGUAUAUUGGGUGGUUGGUUAUUCUUCAUAAAUGUGGGGAUUUAACUCAGUCUUUCAAUACUGGCUCACGAAGUUUUAUUGAAAAGAUUAUUAAUCAAGUAUCCAUAGUAGGUAUUACGAUCUUGGCUAUUUUAUCAGGGGUUGGAUCUACAUCUACCCCAUACAAAAUAUUUGAAAAGUACAAGUUGAUUAAUUCUGAUGAUCGCGAGGUCGGUGAAUUGGACAUAAAUACAGCUAUACAGUAUUUCAAUAACACUUCUACUUUGUUGGCUAAGCGUGAGCAGGAGCUUGAAAAGUUACAGAUGGCUUCUGGUGGUACCAUCUACAAUUUGCCCGAUAAUGAAUAUUCCGAAGGAACAUUGAAACCACCAAAGAGGUUGUCAUUGUUAAAUAGAGUCCAAUCAUUUGCACAUAUUCCAACAAAGAAUACAGAGGAGAACGAAUUAACAAAUGAAAUUGACUCUUUGAAGUCAUUGAGAAAUUCAUUGUACAGUGAUUUAAUCAAGGCAAUUUCAAGAUAUCACAAUCAAAACUCUCAACAAAAUAUUGGUUUAGAAAGAGUUUUAGAGUGGGCCAAUUGGGGUUUGGCUGUUUAUUGUGUUUAUCGUAUUGUGAAUGUGUUUCUUAUAAAGCUUCCAAUAUUAUUUUUUUAUGGGGAACAGGACUACACUGUCCAAUCUGAAGUUAUUGAUUCCGCUGAAGAACCGUCAAUUAGUAAAGAUGCAUUGGCUAUUACAUUAUCCAAAGUAAUUUUGACAAUUUUCUACAACUUACCAGUUUCUGAAUCUCAGUUGGUCAACCAGUUGAGUUUUAUCUUAUCGGCAAGUUUAUUCAUAUGUUCCUUCUCCAACGUUUUGACAACAUUCAAAUCAUUCAGUAAGUUUUUCCCUGGACAUCUGGGUUCAGCAACAGCAAAGACGUGGUUGAAGUAUCUCGUAGUUGCAGAAUUAGUUGGUGUAUAUGUCAUUGCAACAGCUUUAUUAAUCAGAACCAAUUUACCAGCAAACUUAUCAAAUCAAAUUUCACAAAUAUUAUCACUUUCAGGACAUACUGUUCAAGCAGCAAACUCCUCUAUUAAAGAAGUUGUGUUUAUUGAUAAUUGGUUUGAUAAGAUAUUUGCAAUCACCUGUGUGGUCAGUGGGUUUGUGAUUGUUGCUAAGAGACUUCUUGAUGAAGAUAGGUUAAACACUGGUGUUUCUUCAUAUGACGAAGAACUGUUUAUUGAAGAUGAUGGCAGUACUUUCAAAUUAGCAUAG